AGUGCAUUCUCCUCGGCGUGACUAGAGCUUCACUUCCGUCCCUCUGAGUAGCUAGUCUAAGUAUUGUUUUGCUUGUUAGUUGUGUCUUGUGGCCUUAAUUUGCCUUAGUUUCUUUAAAUUAGUCGUCUUUGCUUGUUGCGUCGUCAUAUUAGUGAUUUGUAGCCAGCUGUUUUUACCGGUUAAACUCCUAGUCUUGAUUGAUUGUCAGCUGUGCAAUAUUGGUAGUAAUUAGUAUCGCGUAAGUCUUUGAUCGGUAACUUUGUUUCAUCCCCGUUUUAUCUGCGCAGCUGUUUUGGUUCAAGGUAUUGUAAAUUGCUUGUAUUUGAUCCGUUUAGAGCCGCUUAUCGCUACAUUAUUUGAGUAAUUACGCGGCACUUCAAAUAGUGUUUCUGAGCGACGCUAGCGUCGCUCCUCCUCAGUUUUAUGCAAGCUCUUCCCAUCUCUGUCUGCUCUCUGCCCUACAGCACCCGGUUCCAAAGACGUGGCCCCCCUAAGCGACGGAACCCAGCUAACCUCUCCUACCCCCAGCUGUCUCCCUGCAAUAACUGCACAGUUGCUGGAGGACUUUGGAACUGCCAGUCUGCUUCAAAGAAGGCUGAUUUCAUCUCAGCCUAUGCCUCCCUGCUCUCCCUUGAUUUCCUUGCCCUCACUGAGACAUGGAUCACCCCAGAGAACACUGCAACCCCUGCUGCCCUCUCCUCUUUCUUUUCAUUCUCCCACACUCCCCGACCAUCAGGCCGUGGUGGUGGCACUGGUCUCCUAAUCUCUCCCUCCUGGAAAUACUCAGCCCUACCUCUCUCUGACCUACCCCGAUUCAGUUUUGAAUACCAUUCUGUUUCAAUCACCUGUCCAACUAAUCUAUACAUUGUUGUCAUUUAUCGCCCCCCAGGUCCACUGGGAAACUUCAUCGAUGAGCUGGAUAUCCUACUCAGCUCUUUCCCUGAGGACGGCACCCCACUGAUCCUGCUUGGAGAUUUCAACCUCCACCUGGAAACAUCCCAGUCUUCAGCUGUCCUACAUCUCCUCCACUCCUUUGACCUCUCCCUACAGUCAUCUCCCCCUACCCACAAGGCGGGCAACCUCCUCGACCUGGUUUUUCUGAGGAAUAGCCCUUGCACCGAUAUCACUGUAACCCCUCUGCACACCUCUGACCACCACUUCGUUUCCUUCUCCCUCCCCCUUGCUCCCUCUCACCCACCUUCUCCCCCCACACCCACUGUAUCUGUCCGCCGCAAUCUCUGCUCCCUCUCAACCUCCUCUCUUGCUUCAUCUGUCACUGCUGCCCUCCCUCCUCUCGAAUCCUUCACUACCCUCCCCACUGAUUCUGCAUCCACCUCCCUACUUUCCUCCCUUACAUCUGCUCUUGACUCCCUCUGCCCCACUGUCUCUAGGCCAACACGUCCCUCUCCUCCCCGCCCGUGGAUGUCCAAUGCCAUACGCACCUCCAGGGUUGGACUCCGUGCAGCAGAGAGGAAGUGGAGGACAUCCAGAGAUGCUUCAGACCUCUCUGCCUACCAAUCCCUCCUUGCAGCGUUCUCCUCCACGGUGACUGCUGCCAAGCCAGCCAUCUGCACGCCCUCAGUCCUCGCUCACUGCUGACGACUUUGCAACCUUCUUUGACGAGAAGAUUGCAGUCAUCCGCAACUCCUUCUGCACUCCACCUCACCCUAUGCUCCCCUCCCCUUGUCUCUCCACUCCUCUGCUUACGGUCACUGGCUCCCAACUCCCCACCCCUCAACCUGUACUCUCCCCCUCCCUCACCAUUUCCCCUUGUUUCUCCGACUUCUCUCCCCUCACCGAUUCUGAGGUUUCACAACUCCUACUUUCCCAUCGCCCCACAACCUGUGCCCUUGACCCCAUUCCCUCACCACUCCUCCAGGCAAUCUCACCCGAGAUUCUCCCAUUCAUCACCUCCCUGGUUAACUCCUCCCUGACAUCCGGCUGCUUCCCGUCAACCUUCAAGAAGGCCCUCAUCUCCCCCCUCCUGAAAAAGACCACACUAGACCCCUCCAUCAUUGGGAACUACAGACCGGUAUCUCUCCUUCCAUUUCUGUCAAAAACCAUUGAACGUGCUGCAUCAAAUCAACUCUCUGUGUUUCUUUCACAGAAUGAGCUCCUCGAUCCCCAUCAGUCUGGAUUCAGACCAGGCCACUCGACAGAGACCGCACUCCUCUCUGUCAACGAAGCUCUCCACGCAGCCCGAGCAGCCUCCCUCUCCUCCGUCUUAUUACUUCUGGACCUAUCGGCAGCCUUCGACACAGUCGACCACCCCACCCUCCUGUCCUCCCUAUCUGCAAUGGGGAUCUGUGGCACAGUCCUCAAUUGGAUUGAGUCUUACCUCUCAGAUCGCUCCUUCCAGGUCUCAGCCCGCAUCACUGCCUGCCUGAGUGAUAUUCAGAGCUGGAUGGUCCGCCACCAUCUCAAGCUCAAUCCAGGUAAGACAGAGCUCAUUUAUAUUCCGGCUCUUAACUCCCCUCUCUCUGAUCUCUCUAUCUCCCUAGGUAAUACCAUCCUCACACCAUCACCCUCAACUAGAAACCUUGGCGUGGUGAUGGACAACAGACUGUCCCUCACCGAGCACAUUUCAGCAGUGACACGUUCAUGCAGGUUCUUCCUGUAUAACAUCCGGAGGAUCCGCCCCUUCCUCACAACUUACUCGACCCAACUCCUCGUCCAGGCAGUGGUCCUGUCCCGCCUGGACUACUGUAACUCCCUGCUUGCUGGCCUCCCAGCAUCAUCUAUCAGACCCCUGCAACUCAUCCAGAACGCAGCAGCGCGUCUGGUCUUCAACCUCCCCAGACAUUCCCACGUUACCCCCCUGCUCACCACCCUCCACUGGCUCCCCGUGAUGGCUCGCAUCAAAUUUAAAACAUUAGUGCUUGCCUUCAAAGCAGCCAGGGGGUCAGCCCCUCCCUAUCUACGUCAACUCAUCAGACCCUACACCCCAGCUAGACCUCUCCGUUCUGCUGCCACAUGUCGCCUGGUCCCUGCCCCGGCUCGCACCAGCACCCGGUCACGCCUCCUGUCUGUUCUAGCCCCACGGUGGUGGAAUGACCUUCCUGUGCAAGUCAGAACAGCAGAGACCCUGGCCGUCUUCAAACGUAGACUGAAGACUCACCUCUUCAAGCUA